AGAGGCACUUUAGGUGAAAUCUAAGUUAUACAUAUCUUAGACAUACACAAUAACAAACAUAGAUAAAUAGCAAGGUAAAUAAACACAAGAUAGAUAUAGUAACGUAUGAAUGAAACCGGUUUUUUACUCCGCGACAUCCGGUUCGCUUCCCCACAACACCUUCUGAGAACCUUCCUUUCUCGAGCCAUAUAUAAAACCGCCACACCAGCUUCCCGUAUCAGUCAGCCUCCAAGCUCUCUCUCGCACACUAAGGUCGCCCAUCACAUCGUCCUGACACAGCAACAUGGCCGCCAACGCUAUCGCCCCCAUCGUCUACCAGCUGCAGGAAGGUCUUCGCAACGUCGACCUGAGGAGCUUCGUCAACUCCUUCGACCUGAAGGGCUUGGUCAACAAGCUGGACUUCCAGACGGUAGGCCUGGUGGCGCUGGUGGCUGUGGCCGCCGUGUUCCUGUUGGACCUGUUCACCAAGAGCUACGCCCCCUUCGGCAGGAGUCUGGUGUCCUCCGCCGCCCACGCCUGGGAUUACGCUGACCAGUGGGGCCUCAGCGAAAGUGUCCGUGGAAGCCGUUCCCUGGAGCCCGUGACGAAGGUGCUGGACGCCCUAGCGGAGGGGGUGAAACAGUGGGAGGCGCAGGAAGAGGGCCUCGUCAGGCAUCGCGCCUCUGAGCUUCAUUGAAAAUGGAUACUGUACAGAUGACAGCAAUCAUGACGCUGUGAAAAAAUAAGUACAAAGUGUGCUUGCAGGCAAGCAAUUGACUUUCCACAUCAGCAAUUCUUAUC